AGUACUUUUUUCCUACUUCAUGAAGUUUGGCAGUGCCAAAUUAUUUGUUUGUUAUGUACUUUUUCCCUUCUUUGACAAAACCUUUACAAUAAAGCUCUAGCCUUGGGAUCAGAAUACUGCUGUCUUUGAUUAAAAAUACGCAGGAAAGCAUUACCUUGUUGCCCUGCUAAGCCAAAAUGGUAACUUCAGCUUUCUUCUGUUCAUAUAAGGGACUAAGUCCAAAACUAUGAAUAAAUGCAAGCAAUUCUGAUUUAUAUUAAGAGUUCUCAUUUCAUUUCAUGUCACAUAGGUUAGACAUGAUGAAUGUUGAUGAUCCAAAGGUGGCCCAAUUCUGCAUCAAAUUACCUAUCUGGUUGAAUCCCACCAGAUUUCGAAUAGGUGACCAGGAGUUUGAUUCUUUGCCAUCUUUACUGGAAUUCUACAAAAUACACUAUUUGGACACUACAACCUUGAUAGAACCAGUUUCCAGAUCCAGGCAGAAUAGUGGCGUUAUCCUCAGACAGGAGGAGGCUGAAUAUGUGCGAGCUCUCUUUGACUUUAAUGGAAAUGAUGAAGAAGAUCUUCCAUUUAAGAAAGGAGACAUACUGAGAAUCCGGGAUAAACCUGAAGAGCAAUGGUGGAAUGCAGAAGACAGCGAAGGAAAGAGGGGAAUGAUACCUGUUCCUUACGUCGAGAAGUAUAGACCUUCCUCUGCUUCAGUAUCUACUCUGAUUGGAGGUAACCAGGAUAGUUCCCACCCACAACCACUGGGUGGGCCGGAGCCAGGGCCCUAUGCCCAGCCCAGCAUCAACACUCCGCUCCCUAACCUUCAGAAUGGCCCUAUUUAUGCCCGGGUUAUCCAGAAGCGAGUCCCUAAUGCCUACGACAAGACAGCCUUGGCUUUGGAGGUCGGUGAGCUCGUUAAGGUCACAAAGAUUAACGUGAGUGGUCAGUGGGAAGGAGAAUGUAAUGGUAAACGUGGUCACUUUCCAUUCACACAUGUCCGCCUGCUGGAUCAACAGAAUCCUGAUGAGGACUUCAGCUGAGUGUGGCUCAACAGUUUCGCUUACAGAUGGGAACAAUCUCCACUUGUUUUAUUGCAGAUGCCAUCAAGACUAUGUUCCGACAGAUGUUGAAAGCGGUAUUGCUUGUAUAAGCAUUCUGAUAACCUGCAAACCCCUGGGACUGAACACCACCAUUCCUUAAUCAAGGGUCAUGUAAUUCAGGGUACGACAGUAGAUAACUUGUGUGUCAAGUGGCAGAACUAGUACAUGAUUAUAGGUUGUAAUGCCUGCUUACGUCCAUGUGCACAGCAGACUGGACCUUGCCAGCAGCAGCAGCUGGAGAAAGCAGUAACGUAGAUGUUGUUAUAGCAUUUAUAGCUCUCUCCGGACCUAUUUCUUAUGUUGCUUCUUCCUCAGGCAAUGAACAUCAACCUUAGACAAUUCAAUGUAUAGGUAGAAAUUUCACAAAUUUAUUCUGGAGCUUUCUCCACUUUUUUUCCAUUCUGAAUUCUGUCCUAGAAAGGCUAUAUAGUACUUUGCAUGGUGAGUUAACUGUGCGCAGUACAGAUUUUUGUAGAGCACAUUGGGGACAGCGGUAUGAUUUAGAGAUAAUUACCAUGUUAAUGGUAAAUGACAAAUCAAGUCAACCUCAGAAUUCUAGACGUUUGUGGACACUAGAUUUGAUUUCUUCAGUACUGUUGAUGCUUCAAACAUAGCAGCUGAUUUAAAUUAAAAUUUCUAUUAACACACCAGUAUCUCUCUUCUUAUCCACAAAUAUAAGGCUUAUGGAAGUGUAAACAUCCAUAUCAGUGCUGAAAAAUAUGUGCAUAGCACUUUAAUGCAUAGCUUUAAAGCAGUGUUUGAUUCACUAAGUAUACUAAAAUAUUGGCACUGCUUUCAGAUAAAAUUAAAUUAUAUAGGGCCAGUUUAAUAUUUUUAGAAUUCUUCAAUAUUCCUAUACAUUACAGUACAAAUCAGCGUCAAACAUGGUGAACUGACAAACCAAAUAUUACUUCUAUUUUAAAAGUUAUUCUGGGGACUCUUCUGGUUUAAUUGCAAUUUGUAAAAAUAUCUGGUAGUUAAUUCAUGAGGAUUAUAUUUUUAAUAAACUAAUGGAAAAUACCUGUGUGCUUCUGAAUUGAUUCUCAAAAGGCAUAAUAGAGUAAAUACAGCUUCAUAGCUCAUAAUGAAAAUCAGUGCAUUGAAUAAGUGAUAUUAUGCGCUGCUUGAUUUUCUUCCUCAGCCUGUUCUUCUAAUUAUCUGGUUUUCUCUAAUAUAAAUCAGAAUGGAUUCAGUAAGUUUUGUAAACUAAAAUUAAACACUGAAGUAACUAUCCCUUGCCCGUACCCAAAUACGGCACUCUAGUGACCAAACUUAAGCAAACAAAUUUCGUAACUUUGACUGCAGUGUAAUCCAUACAGAACAGUUUUUGUAAAUAGUAUUAAACUGAAAACAUUAUUUUGGUCGAUAGAAACCGCGUGACUAGAAUGUGUCAUUGGCUGUAAAUGCUGCGAGGACUAGUUCUCAUUGCAAAGGCUAUUGCUGCAAGGCAUGGACCCAUAAAACAGAAUACUGGUAACACUUUACCUCAGAACUGUGUAACAUGCUGGAAAUGAUAACACUUGUAUUUAAGUACUAGUUGCUUUUCUUUGGUCAGACUUGCCGAUGAGUUAGUUCCGAUUUUUCAGAUAAUGGGCACCCAAUAACACUAUAGACUAAUGCCAACGUAUGUGAAUCAUACUUUUCCAUCACCAAUCUCCUAAGCACUACAAAAGAGUAUUAGAAAACUGACAGUGGGUCUGUUCUUGUGACAGGGACCUAGUAACUAGGUAGAGUACUAGGGUAACUGCAGUACUAUUCUAGCUUGGAUUGCUGUUCUGGGUAAGAUGAUAUGCCAGUCUUUGACUGUGGUGUGUCACUUCUAGCUUAGUGCAAAAUCUACUUUGGAGAAAAUUAGAGGAACUAACUAUAUAGGUUCAGUAACACAUUGGUUUCUGUAAGUUUAAUUUGUAUUUUUCCUCUGACCUUGAUAUUUAAUGCAACUGAAUUUUCAGUAGUCAUACUCGUUAAGUGCAGACUUGCAUACUAAGCUUAUCAGUUGCCCAUAUAUGCUUAUAUUUUUCUUCACGUAUUGCAAAAGAAGCAUAAUGAACUGUGUGUUCUUGAAGUAACACAGUUUGUUCUGAAGGAAUUUUUUCCGAUGGCAGUUAAUGAAAAUCAUUUGUAGCUUUCCAAUCAGCAAUUAUUUUAAGAUAACAAAACACAUUUUUUCUGAAAGGAAUUUUAUUAUGCAAAUCUUGCCUUUUUAUUAUGAAAAACAAAUUGAAUUGUUAACUAGCAAAUACCCUGCAAACUUUGUAGAUGUGUUUUUUUUUUUUGGUGAAGACUGUAUAAAUUGCAAAUAUUUGUACACUUUGAAAGAGCAAAAAAAGUAACUAGAGGAGUCUUAAUAGCUGCUGUUGCACUAGAAUCCUAAGUUCUUGUCAAGCAGUUUUUUUCUUAGUCAACUGAUACAUUAUGCAACUGUUUUCCACUAUUCUGUUUUAAGCUGAAAUGUGAUUUUGUUUCAUAGGUGAUAGAAGUUACUAUGUUUGCAUUUGUACAAAAUAGACAUUUCAACUUAUCGAACUCUUAAAGGAAAAUAGGUAGAACAUAUGUUCAUAAACACGUAGAUGAAAUCCUCUUGUGGCCUUUGUUUAUCCUCUUCUAUUUGUUCCUUCCCUCCUUCCCGAUGCGUGCAAAAAAUCAUUGCUAAGAAUGUUGGUCACAAUCUCUUGUCUCUACUUGGCUGUGGUUUUUUUGGUCUAUUGUGCAUAGGCAGGUGUUAGAACUAGAAUAAUCAUUUCUAGAAAUACACCGUUGAAAGCAGAAUGCUCAAUUACACUGUGUUCUUCUGGUGCAUUUACACAUUAUAUCACACUAAAAGUACAACUGGCUGCUAUGGUUUUUUAAUAUAUAUUUCAUUUUGGUAAACCCCAGCCUUUUUACUAAUAUUUGACCUGGUUAAAUCUUGUUAAUCUGUUUGAAUUUUAUUUGUUAAUAAUGCAAAUAUUUCUAAUCAUCUUAAAACACUUCAUUUUUUUUGUUAGUAGUUUUGGGGAAGGAGUCUAACCAAACCAGUUUGAAGAAAAAUAUGAACAUGUGCCAUUGUAUUAUAACACUAUCCACUUUCUUGACAGUUAAAGUCUUUUUUAUUUUUUUGUAGCAUGUAAUGUAUAUGUUCAUAGUACGUGAAGUAAAUAAAAGUAUAGCCAAAA